AUGGCCUCAAAGGGUAAAGCUCCUCCUCCGCUUCUGUCAAGACCUCCACCAGAUCCUCCACCGCUCAUGAGUCCUUUGAUACCAUUGGAAUCUCUCAUUCUCACAGAGCCGCCAGAUCCCCCAGAUGCGACCUUCACCCUCAUUCAAAUCCCGUUCGUCGAUGAAUCCCACAAGUCUUCUUCCCAAUCGGUUUCUCAAGUCGUAGAUCUGGCGUUGGGUUCCUCCAUUGGUGUGGCUCUUGGUGUGUCCAUGAGUAACUCUGUCCACCGCACGCUCGUCUCUUCCUCCAUGUACCAGCGUCCCCGAACUCUCUUUCCAAUCGGCCAGUGUAGAGUCACAAGGGCCUUGUUGUUUUCUCUGCAAGACAUUUUUGUGGACAUGAGUGGUUCACCUAGCCCAAAGCUUAAUUGCAAUGUCAGUUUACCAGGUUCACCUAGCUCAAAGCCGGUCUCAAUCGCAAGGCAGGGCCAAAGAAGGAAACAAAGUACUUUUUCUCCAUCAAAAUCGGGUCAGACAAGCACCAAGGAGUCAUCCUAA